GACAGGCUGGCGGUAGCUAUGGCAACGCUGACCUCUCCAUCCGCCUGCGGUGGUGAGCGCGAACAGAGCUUCCUUUCACAACAAGAGUUUAUUGUAUAGAACAACUUCGAAGCUUCGUCGUGCGAAAUCUUCGCUGUAAAUCGACUUUGGAGUUUUUUUUAGGGAAGCUUGUCACUGACUCGCGAACAAGAGAACGCUGUUACCUUCUUGUGCUCGAACACAGCAAAGGAGAUGAAUGCAAACGCUUUGUCCGCAAAACGCUUGUUUUGAAAGUUCACACGGGAAGUACAUCUGUUUUUUUUGUCCUGUGGUGUUUUCGAUAUAUUGACAGGGCGAUUUGGAGUAUCAACAACUACUCGCAAAAUCAGCACAGGAUGACGGAAACUCAGUUGAUCAACGGCUACGACAACGAUUUACAGUUUAAUUUGACGCCUUAUGAAUACAUUCCUCCUGUGGACGUGAAGACUGAAGCGUACGUACCUGAGACAGCGCAUGGCCCGUAUGUCCAAAUCAUCGAAGAGCCCAAACAGCGGGGAUUUCGCUUUCGUUACGAGUGCGAGGGUCCUUCGCACGGAGGCCUGCCAGGAGCUUCCAGCGAGAAGAACAGAAGGACGUACCCCACCGUCAAGAUCAACAACUAUGUGGGUCACGCGCGUGUGGAGGUCCAGUUGGUGACUCACACGGACCCGCCGCAUGUGCACGCUCACAGCCUGGUGGGACGCCACUGCAACGACAACGGGACAUGCACCCUGGACGUGGGACCCAACGACCUGACCGCCUCUUUCAGCAACCUGGGCAUCCUCCAUGUGACCAAAAAAGGUGUGGUGGAGGUUCUUACGCGUCGGCUGCGAGAGGAACGGCGUCGGGGAGGUUCGGCCCACCUGACUGCGGCCGAGGAGAGCGCCCUGAGCAAGGACGCCAAGGAGCUGUCCAAGAUAGUGGACCUCAACAUCGUUAGACUCAAGUUCACCGCCUUCCUGAAAGACAGCAACGGAGGAUUCACGCGAGCGCUCAAGGCUGUGGUGUCCAACCGCAUCUACGACAGCAAAUCUCCCAACGCGUCCAACCUGAAGAUCUCCCGCAUCGACAAGACAUGCGGAUCCGUGCUCGGAGGAGACGAGAUCUUCCUCCUGUGUGACAAAGUCCAAAAAGACGACAUUGAGAUCCGCUUUUACGAGGACGAGGAUGGAGGCUGGGAGGCUUUCGGAGACUUUGCUCCAACAGACGUCCACAAACAGUACGCCAUCGUGUUCAAGACGCCACCGUACCACACCGCAGAGCUCGAGCGGCCCGUCACUGUUUUCUUGCAACUCAAGAGGAAGAAGGCGGGAGACUGCAGUGACCCCAAACACUUCACAUACAUACCCCACGUUCAAGACAAAGAGGAGGUGCUGAAGAAGAAACAAAAGCCCCUCCCCCACUAUGAGCCCUGGCGAGGAGGCGGCGAACGAGGAGGAGGAGCUGGCGGAGGCUUUGAGGGCGCCACAGGUGAAGGUUUUCACUUCAGCCAACACAUGAAUGGCGCGGCGGGGGGCGGUGGAGUUUUCUAUUCGGGGAGCAUCGUUGGCUUUGGAGGAAGAGGAGCACACAUGGCGGGCUCUACCCCCCAGCACGGACAACUGUCAGUUGUUAGUAGGACACCCCACUCCGCAUUCACAGCUGCCGCCGCCUUCCUGGCCAGAGCAUCUGACGCCACUUGUCGCGCGCGUGAAGCCCUCCUGCGGUACUGCAUGAGUGGCGACGCUCGCUUCCUUCUGCGGCCACACGGAUGCCUAUGUGCCACGCCAGACGCCAGUGGAGACACUCCCCUGCACCUGGCGGUCAUCCAUCAGCAGACGGCCGUCGCUUGCCAGCUGAUUGACACCUUUCUUAGCAACGGGCAGGGACACCUUCUCGAUGUGGCCAACCACCUGCAGCAGACUCCACUGCACCUGGCGGUGGUGACACGUCAAGCAUGUGUGGUGGAGGCGCUGAUGAAGGCGGGGGUGGACCCUGGCUGGCGGGACAAAGAUGGGCGCUGCCCGCUGCACCUUGCAGCGCUGGGCGGCGACAUAGCCACGCUACGUGCCGCGCUGUCCAACCUGGGCCAAGCACAUGCCCACCUCUUGAUCACAGCCGAUUACCAUGGUUUGGCCCCACUUCACCUGGCGGUUCGUCGUGACGGUCAUCGGUGUUUACGGCUGCUGGUGGAGAGUGGCGCUAAGGUGGACGCGCCCGAGUUGAAGGGCGGACACACUGCUCUGCACAUGGCCGUGGAGCAAAACCUCCUCAAGGUUGCCUGCACGCUGGUCACCGAGUUGACGGCGGAUGUGAACGCUCACACUUUUGGAGGAAACACGCCGCUUCAUCUGGCCGCUGCCGCACACGCGCACACGCUGUGCUCCGUGCUGCUCGCUGCCGGUGCGGACAAAGACGCAGAGAAUGACGAGCCGCUGGUCUUAAGUUCCUCUGACGAGGACGAGGAGGUGGUGGGGACCGAAGCAUCCUCGCAGCCAAAGGGGUGCCGCAAGAGGCGAAUGGGCGGUCACACACCGCUGGACCUGACUACGUGUCAGAAGGUCAGGAAGCUGCUGAUGUCUGCGUCGGCGUGGCAGGCCACCGAGAAGAGCCAAGGCAAAGCAGAUGGGGAGCAUUGGCACGUCGACGCCUGUACGCUUCGUGACCUAGAGGAGGUGCUGAGCGACGCUGGUGUUCCAUGGAACAAAUUGGCCGACAGACUGGGGAUGAUGACGCUGGCUCACCUCUACCGGGAUAGCCCAGCCCCCUACCACAGCCUCCUGCAACACUACCAGCUGGGCGGUGGUCCCGUGGAAGAUGUGCUGGAGGCCUUGGAGUCACUGGGCGUCCAUGACGGCGUCCGCUUGCUGCGCCGCCACCACGGCACCGACGUGCGCGCACCGCAAGACAAACUCAGACAAGAAUCGACGGUGGACAGCGGCUUUGGCAGUCAGCUAGCAGAAGACGAGCGGCCGCCUGCGGCCAAUCACUGAGUGGCAGACGAGUCGCCAAACUCACGACGACAUGGCUGUGAAAAAUAAAACAUUCGGAAUAUUUCUCCAA